AUGACUGCACCUCUGUCGUUAGAAACAUUUCAGUCCAUGUUUAAUGGAAAUACAAAAAAUAAAAGUUAUAGUGCUCACAACGGAAAAGUUCAUUCAAUCGCGUGGAAUGUAGAUGGUAGCCGAUUGGGGAGUGGUUCUGUUGACAAAAGCGUAUGCAUAUUUGCUUAUGAUAAAGGCUCAAUGGAACGCUUCUAUCGUGAACAUACAGAAGAAGUUGAUCAAUUAUCAUGGCAUCCAAUUUUACCUUUUGAAUUAGCAACAGCCAGCGGUGAUAGAUUAGUGAAAAUAUUUGAUACAAGAACAGAUAGAUCGAUAAGUACAAUUGAAACAAAAGGUGAAAAUAUAAAUAUUGCAUGGUCACCAGAUGGAAACAUGUUAUCAGUGGGAAACAAAGAUGAUUUGAUUACAUUUAUAGAUACGAGAACGUCAAAGAUUAUUCGUGAAGAACAAUUUAAAUAUGAAGUCAAUGAAAUAUCAUGGGAUCGUACAGGUGAUUUAUUUGCUGUUACUACUGGAAAUGGUACAGUUGUUUUUUUUGAUGCACACUGUCUCUCAAAAGACAAGCAAUUGGAAGAGAUACAUUCAUUGAGUGCUCAUACGGGCAACUGCAUUUGCUUGGAGUUUGAUGUUAGUGGAAAGUAUUUUGCUGUUGGUGCAGCUGAUGCGUCAGCGUCAAUCUGGGAUUGUGAGCAACUCGUAUGUUUGACCGUUUUAACAAGACUUGAAUGGGCAGUAAGAAGUCUGAGUUUUGGUUGCAAUUCACAAUUGUUAGCAUUAGCAUCAGAAGACACCUAUAUUGAAAUUGCACACGUUGAAACAGGUGAACGUGUUUUAGCUUUGAAAUGUGAAGCUCAAACAUUUGCUGUUUCUUGGCAUCCAAAAGCUAAUGUUCUUGCUUAUGUCACUGAUGAUGACCGAGAUGCGGGAACUGUUAGACUUUUUGGAUUAAUUGAUUGA